AUGGGUGACCAUACCUCCGUCAAGUUUACCUCUCUGGGCGCCAUCAUUCAGGAAUUCAACGUGGGCGGUCAAAACAUAGUCCAGGGAUUCACAACCCAGAAGCUAUACGAGGAACACAAUAGUCCCUGGUUCGGUGCCAACAUUGGCCGGGUGGCCAAUCGGAUCAAGGACGGAAUCAUCCGCAACCUCAAUGGCCGUGAAUAUCAGCUGGAGCAGAACGAUGCCCCCAACGCCCUGCAUGGUGGUAGUCAAGGCUGGGGCCGACGCAACUUCGAGGGCCCGACCGUCCUCCAGCGGCAUGGCAAGGAAACCCUGCUUUAUACCUAUCGGAGUCUUCAUAACGAGGCCGGGUACCCGGGUACGGUGGACUUGAAGGUCUUCUACACGGUCAGCGAGGAGAAGGAGGGUAACAUCACCCGAUCCGUGCUGGAUAUCGAAUAUGAGGCCGAGUUGGUGGGCGAUGAGUGCGAGGAGACCGUCAUCAACCUGACCAACCACAGCUAUUUUAACCUAGGGAGCGGCGCAACCACCGAAGGGACUAUCGCCAAGCUGUCUACACAAGAUUACCUGCCUCUUGAGGGUGGGAUCCCUCGCGGCCCGAUCGAACCCUAUCCCAGCCAGGUGACGAAAGAGUUCACCUUCGGGCCCGAGAAUCAAUUUGACGAUAUCUUCGUUAUGGAGCGCGAGAUCGCCCGGGUGCCACUCGAUACACGCGGACGGCCCCUCCAGCUGCAGGCCGAAUUCCGCCACCCGGACUCGCGUCUUAACCUGCAGGUGUAUAGCACGGAGCCUGCCUUCCAAUUCUACACGGGACAAGGCAUCGACGUGCCGGCCACGGAAGGGAACCCGAGCCGCGGGCCAUUUGCCGGGUUUUGCAUCGAGCCUAGUCGCUUUGUCAACGCGAUCAACGAACCAGCUUGGCGGCACACAGUGGUCCUGAAGAAGGGAGCUCAGUACGGCAGCAAGAUCACCUAUAAGGCAUGGAGAGACCCGCGCUGA